CAAACAUGCGGUGGGUAAAAUAUAUAUAUCUCAUAAUCACUUUUUGCUGCUCCCUCUUCCACCCUUGUCUUGCUUAUAAUACUAAGUAGUCACCAUGGAUCGUUCGGGAAUUAAGCUAGCCAGAGUCGUAAAAGUUCUUGGUCGCACUGGAUCGCAGGGACAGUGUACCCAGGUUCGUGUCGAGUUCAUCGAGGACGCUAGCCGAUCGAUUAUCAGAAAUGUUAAGGGCCCAGUCCGUGACGGAGAUAUUCUAACUCUUCUAGAAUCCGAGCGAGAAGCCAGACGUCUGCGUUAAUUCGCUCAUGAAUGAUAAGCUUGAUUUAUAAAGUAGAGUCACCGACUACUCGACAAGGUGCACACCAGCGACGAUGUGAAAUUCUUGCGGAAAAUCCCAGCUUUUUAGUAGAUAGUUAAGCUUUGUUGUGCAAUUUCAUCGUAAAAUUGAGCUGUUUUGCAGAUAAAUUAAUGUAGUCUGUACCAUGUGCAUAAUAUUCGCCGCGACGUUAGUACGUAUAAAUCAGUGAUAGUUAUUUCGUCUCCCUCAAACGAAUUUUUAUAUAUCGCCAUAAAGAGUGGAUUUCCAUUUAGC